GUGCCAGGGCCGGGCGGAAGGCCCACCAUGCCCGGCCUGCUGCUGCUCGCCCUGGCUCUGCUUCCGGCCGGUGCCCAGCUGCUGACCGAGGCUGGCUCCUGGUGGUCUCUCGCCACGAGCCCCGUGCAGAGGCCCGAGCUGCUGACUGGCGCGCAGCCCGCGUGCGCGCAGCUGCCCGGCCUCUCCCCCGGGCAGCGGAAGCUGUGCCAGCUGCACCAGGAGCACAUGGCGUUCGUGGGCCGCGGCGCCCGCGCCGGCAUCCGCGAGUGCCAGCACCAGCUCCGGCUGCGCCGCUGGAACUGCUCCACGGUGGACGACGCCUCCGUGUUCGGCCGCGUGCUGCAGAUCGGCGGCGUCUCGCGCACGCCGGUGAGCGCGGCCGGGGUGGUGGACGCCGUCAGCCGCGCGUGCCGGGAGGGCGAGCUGCCCACGUGCGGCUGCGGGCCGGGCGGCCCUCGGCCGCGGGAGCUGCCCCGGGACUGGCUGUGGGGCGGCUGCGGGGACAACGUGGAGUACGGCUACCGCUUCGCCAAGGAGUUCGUGGACGCCCGGGAGCGCGAGCGGAACUUCGCCCGGGGCUCGCGGGAGCAGGGCCGCGCGCUGAUGAACCUGCAGAACAACGAGGCGGGCCGCAGGGCCGUGUACACGAUGGCGGACGUGGCCUGCAAGUGCCACGGCGUGUCGGGGUCGUGCAGCCUGAAGACGUGCUGGCUGCAGCUGGCGCCGUUCCGCCGCGUGGGCGACCGGCUGCGGGAGAAGUACGACGGCGCGGCGGCCGUGCGGGUGACGCGGCGCGGCCGCCUGGCGCCGCUGGACGGCCGCGGCGCGGGGCCCGCGCCCGACGACCUGGUCUACGUGGAGCCCAGCCCCGACUACUGCCUGCGGGACGCGGCCCGCGGCUGGCCCGGCACGCACGGCCGCCCCUGCAACCGCACGUCGGCGGGCGCGGACGGCUGCGGCCCGCUGUGCUGCGGCCGCGGCUCCGAGCCGCGCGGGGCGGUGCGCGUGGAGCGCUGCGGCUGCCGCUUCCACUGGUGCUGCUACGUGCGCUGCCGCCAGUGCACGCGGCGCGUGGACCAGGACGUGUGCAAGUGA